GGCGUCGGCCCGCGGAGGGGCGGCCUCCCCGGCAGCCCGAGCCCUCCGGCGCGCGCCGCGGCUGCGAAACAGUUACCGGCUGGUAAACAACAGCUGCGCGCGCACCCGCCUCAGCUGGCGCUGGUGUCCCGCACCUGCGACCUCCUCCUCCCCUCGCCCCGCCGCCCGCUGCGCUCAGCCCGGGCCGGCCUGCCAGGCCAGCUUCUCCCUCGCUGGGACCUGAAGGAAGGACGGCGACGGGCAGACCCCGCCGCGGCCCUGUGGGGGAGGAAGCGAAGGGGUGGCCUGUCCUGGCACACGCACGGGGAAGCCCGGCGAGCCGACGUGCGCUCGGUGGAUUAGCAACGACCCGCCGCGACCCGGAGCUGCGGUCCGAGGGCUCCCGAUCCGCCCUCUAGCCGCCGCCUCCCGGAUCCCGAGGGCCAGCCUGCCAGAAGAGCGGGCCGGCCACUUGGAAGACGAGACCCCUAGGAGGCAUCCUCUGCUCGCCCUUUUUAUUCUCUUGUAUCCAGAGUGUGGGGUAUUUUCCCCGUUAUGCAUGCGCAUCUCUCCCACCAGACCCAAGCGGAUUACUGGCCUCAAAAACACCGGGUGGCUCUGCGCACACCUCCCAGCCAGACCUGUGGGGUAUUCACCUGAUACACAACAGGUGGCCGGGUGUACACCGUUUUGCAAUCUGAUCUGUGCUAUAUUCGCCUAAUAAGAGUGGGCCUGCGCGCACUUUGCUCAACGAGAACCGGGGGACAUUUUCCAGGUAAAAGACUUAACUACCUCGGCGGAAAUCUGGGGGUCGAGGGAAGAAGGGCUUCACCUGCUUCUCUGACACCAUGGCACUGAGCCUGCAGCCCUGGACCAGGGGAGACAGCUAGAUAACUCUUCUUUCUGAAGGAACGAAGUUACACGAGAUUGGCAACGUUUUGUCCUUUUUUUUUUUUUUUUCUUAAAUAUUUACUAGUAGUGCACUUUCUAAGAUAAUCUGAAUUCUGAGUCGUAGGAUUCUUAUUUGGGACUUUUUGUGUGGUGUAAAUCAAGAUUAUUGAGGGUUUUUUUUUUUUAAGUUUUUCUAUUUUUGCAACCAAAAGUAGCUCGCGUAGGAGGAAGGAUUUUGCGGGGUUUUCCUUUUUUCUUUGUUCUUCUAAAGGAAAACAGAAUAAUGCAUCCUCCAGAAACCACCACCAAGAUGGCUUCAGUGCGGUUCAUGGUGACACCAACGAAGAUUGAUGACAUUCCAGGUUUGUCAGAUACCAGCCCGGACCUCAGCUCCCGAUCCAGUUCCCGAGUAAGAUUUAGCUCACGGGAAAGUGUGCCUGAAACAAGCCGCAGUGAGCCUAUGAGUGAGAUGUCUGGAGCCACCACUUCUCUAGCCACUGUUGCCCUGGAUCCAGCCAGUGAUCGGAAUUCUAACCCCCAGGACGUUACCGAGGACCCGAGUCAGAACUCCAUCACAGGGGAACACAGCCAACUGUUAGAUGAUGGGCAUAAUAAGAAAGCUCGAAAUGCUUAUCUCAAUAAUUCCAAUUAUGAAGAAGGAGAUGAAUAUUUUGAUAGAAACUUGGCACUCUUUGAGGAAGAAAUGGACACCAGACCAAAGGUAUCUUCUCUCCUCAACCGUAUGGCCAAUUAUACUAAUCUGACACAAGGAGCAAAAGAGCAUGAGGAGGCAGAAAACAUUACUGAAGGGAAAAAGAAGCCCACCAAGACCCCUCAAAUGGGAACUUUCAUGGGUGUCUACCUCCCAUGCCUACAAAAUAUUUUUGGAGUGAUCUUGUUUCUGCGCCUUACGUGGGUUGUGGGCACGGCUGGAGUUCUUCAGGCCUUUGCAAUUGUCCUUAUCUGCUGUUGCUGUACACUGUUGACUGCUAUCUCCAUGAGUGCCAUUGCCACUAAUGGAGUGGUGCCAGCUGGAGGCUCAUACUUUAUGAUUUCCCGGGCACUGGGCCCAGAGUUUGGUGGGGCUGUUGGCCUCUGCUUUUAUCUCGGUACCACAUUUGCAGCAGCCAUGUAUAUCCUGGGUGCCAUUGAAAUUUUUCUGGUAUAUAUUGUCCCCCGAGCUGCCAUCUUUCGUAGUGAAGAUGCACUCAAGGAGUCAGCAGCCAUGCUAAAUAACAUGCGCAUCUAUGGCACAGCCUUCUUGGUUCUCAUGGUAUUGGUGGUGUUCAUCGGUGUACGCUAUGUGAACAAGUUUGCCUCACUUUUCCUGGCCUGUGUCAUUGUAUCCAUCUUGGCCAUCUAUGCUGGAGCCAUCAAGUCUUCUUUUGCACCUCCACACUUCCCGGUCUGCAUGCUGGGUAACCGCACCCUUUCAUCAAGACACAUUGAUACUUGCUCCAAAACCAAGGAAAUUAACAACAUGACAGUACCUUCAAAAUUAUGGGGCUUCUUCUGUAACUCCAGUCAGUUUUUCAAUGCUACCUGUGACGAAUAUUUUGUUCACAAUAAUGUCACUUCAAUCCAGGGCAUUCCUGGAUUGGCUAGUGGUGUCAUUACAGAGAAUCUUUGGAGUAAUUACCUACCAAAGGGAGAAAUAAUUGAAAAGUCCUCAGCCAGAUCUUCUGAUGUCUUGGGCAACUUAAACCACGAGUAUGUCCUUGUUGACAUCACCACCUCUUUUACCCUUCUUGUGGGGAUCUUCUUUCCCUCUGUCACAGGUAUCAUGGCUGGAUCAAAUAGAUCUGGAGAUCUGAAGGAUGCUCAGAAGUCUAUUCCCAUUGGCACUAUACUUGCUAUCCUGACCACCUCCUUUGUCUAUUUAAGCAAUGUUGUCCUUUUUGGUGCCUGUAUUGAAGGUGUUGUUCUUAGAGACAAGUUUGGGGAUGCUGUGAAAGGUAAUCUGGUGGUGGGUACCUUAUCUUGGCCAUCACCAUGGGUGAUCGUUAUUGGCUCCUUCUUCUCCACAUGUGGGGCUGGACUUCAGAGCCUCACGGGUGCACCAAGGCUGCUACAGGCUAUAGCAAAGGAUAACAUCAUACCCUUCCUGAGGGUUUUUGGUCACAGCAAAGCCAAUGGGGAACCUACCUGGGCUUUACUUCUAACUGCUGCCAUUGCAGAGCUGGGGAUUCUUAUCGCCUCCCUGGACCUUGUGGCCCCAAUUCUUUCUAUGUUUUUCCUCAUGUGUUACCUCUUUGUGAACUUGGCAUGUGCUCUGCAAACAUUACUUCGAACACCCAACUGGAGACCUCGGUUCCGCUACUACCACUGGGCCCUCUCUUUCAUGGGAAUGAGUAUCUGUCUGGCCCUGAUGUUCAUUUCUUCCUGGUAUUAUGCCAUUGUAGCCAUGGUAAUAGCUGGUAUGAUCUACAAGUACAUUGAGUACCAAGGAGCAGAGAAAGAAUGGGGGGAUGGAAUCCGUGGACUAUCCCUCAGUGCAGCCCGGUUUGCUUUGCUUCGGCUCGAAGAAGGCCCUCCACACACUAAAAACUGGAGGCCUCAGUUACUUGUGUUGCUGAAACUAGAUGAAGAUUUACACGUCAAGCAUCCUCGCCUCCUCACCUUUGCCUCACAGCUUAAAGCUGGAAAGGGUCUCACUAUUGUGGGUUCUGUCAUUGUGGGGAACUUUCUGGAGAACUACGGGGAAGCAUUAGCUGCUGAGCAGACUAUAAAGCAUCUCAUGGAGGCAGAGAAGGUGAAGGGCUUCUGCCAGCUGGUGGUGGCGGCCAAGCUGAGGGAGGGCAUUUCCCACCUCAUCCAGUCCUGUGGCCUUGGAGGCAUGAAGCACAACACGGUGGUGAUGGGGUGGCCCAAUGGCUGGCGCCAGAGUGAAGAUGCUCGAGCGUGGAAGACUUUCAUUGGCACAGUUCGAGUGACGACUGCUGCCCACCUGGCCCUGCUGGUGGCUAAAAACAUCUCCUUCUUUCCCAGCAAUGUGGAGCAGUUUUCUGAGGGCAACAUUGAUGUGUGGUGGAUCGUGCAUGAUGGGGGCAUGCUCAUGUUAUUACCGUUCCUACUGAAACAGCAUAAGGUGUGGCGAAAAUGCAGCAUACGGAUCUUCACAGUAGCACAGCUAGAAGAUAACAGUAUUCAGAUGAAGAAGGACCUGGCUACCUUCCUCUACCACCUUCGCAUUGAGGCCGAGGUGGAGGUGGUGGAGAUGCAUGACAGUGACAUAUCAGCUUAUACUUACGAGCGCACUCUGAUGAUGGAGCAAAGGUCCCAGAUGCUCCGGCACAUGCGACUAUCCAAAACAGAGCGGGACAGAGAGGCACAGUUGGUGAAAGACCGGAACUCAAUGCUGCGAUUGACCAGCAUUGGCUCUGAUGAGGAUGAAGAGACAGAAACCUAUCAGGAGAAGGUGCACAUGACUUGGACAAAAGACAAGUACAUGGCAUCCCGGGGACAAAAGGCUAAGUCAAUGGAAGGAUUCCAGGACCUGCUUAACAUGCGUCCGGACCAAUCCAACGUGAGGCGGAUGCAUACAGCAGUGAAACUCAAUGAGGUCAUAGUUAACAAGUCCCAUGAAGCAAAGCUGGUUUUGUUGAAUAUGCCAGGGCCACCCCGAAACCCUGAGGGUGAUGAAAACUACAUGGAGUUCCUAGAAGUGCUCACCGAGGGACUAGAGCGAGUCCUCCUCGUCCGAGGUGGUGGCAGUGAAGUGAUCACCAUUUAUUCCUAAUCUACUCCUGAAGACUCUGCCUUUCUAAAAGGCCUCCCCUUUAUAAAAGGUUUCUGCAUAGGAAGCCAGCUCCUUACUACCACUUCCAUCCAGUAGAAGCUGGGGUUCUGUACACAGCACAUUGAAUUUCUUGACAGGCUGAGCCUCAAGUACUUGUGCAGAAAAGUACACGUCGUUCUGCUCUUUGCUACCAUACAAUCUCCAGUCCUGACAGGAACAGCAGGUAUUUCCUCAACUUCAGAACACUGGUCAAGUCCUGAAAGCCAUGUCUGGCCUAGCUGAAGACAAAUUAGAAUUAACAAGCUAAACUAUUAAAAUGAAUUGGCAAAAGGGAUGCUAGAAAUUCAGCUGAAGACAAAAAGCAAGUACAUGUCCUAUAUUAAAGGGGCAUCUCCAAAGUCACAAUUCAGUGAUGACACCAUGAGGGUAAAAGAGACACAACUCAUCGUAAUACAGACUACAUGGCUAAGUAUGUGGGGACCUAACAUCGUUGUGGGAUAUCCUGUGGCAAACCAAGAUGAAAACCUUUUUUAGCUCAUUUUCUUUGAUGUAUCCACUCCUCUCAAGGACUCUGUUUUAUAUUAGAGUACUAAUAUACAAACACUGAAACAUGGCUGCAGCCUCUAAUUCUUCCUUCAAAACAAGAUUCCCCCAAAAUACCAGUUUCAAGGACAGAUUGUGUUGGUCUACAUGUCAGCUGGUUCUCAAAAUCCAUUCCAUGGUUAACAUUGUAAUACAAGCAUUGUUAUCCUGGAAAUUGUCUUUUAAAGGUGGAGUAAAAAGGAUAUCUUUCAGGUUUUCAAAUGGCCAAAUUAAAGUUAACUCCAAAAGGUAGCUAUUAAGAUCUACUGAAAGUCUUUGGUUGCCUGUGCAUCGUGGGCAGUACAUACAAGCUGUUACCUAGGACAUCUAGGUGACGAUGCACCUUGACCAGUAGUUUCUCCUCUCCUUUCUUUUUUGCCCUCUGGGUUAGUAGACAGGUCCAGAAUCCUAGGAAUAAAGACUAGCUAGAAGACUCACUGAAAUCCCUGAAAGCGUGGGACUGUGUUUUAAAGGGGGAAUCUAGCAAUGGAAUUUGAAGUUCUAGAGCCAUACUCCUUCCACAGUGCCAAAGAUUGAGCUGCUGCUACUCUCCCUGCCUGCCUCCCUGAAGUGGCACAGGAUUGGCACUGGCCUGUCAAGAAACUUCUUUUUCACUAAGAAACUGUGGACUCAUUUCCAAAGCCAUAGCAAAGACAUAAGGCCCUCAGCUCACCUAAAUACCCAGAGUCUGAGCAUUUUUCUUUUUUCAAUUUUAUUCUUCAUUGGGACUGCAGGAACUUGGCUCUGAACUAAGAUUAUCCAAGCCAGCAGUCCUCUGCUAUUCCAUUUGCUUUCAGAAAGCUCUCAGCGUGUCAAGGAAAUACUUGUGCAAGCUUAGCUUUUUAUUUGCUGGUCGUAAAACAUUCACUGGUUGUCUUCAUUUACUGGUCAUAACACACCAGGCUUUCAAGCAUAGGGAAACUGCUUCGAUUGGUAACUGAAAAUAUGUGAAAUGUUCAUUUCUUUUAUAGGACAAGUAUUUAGAGAAACUAUUUUGCCUGUAUUCAUGAUCACUUUUAUCACUUUAUUAAUGAUAAAUAGUGCCACUCUUUUUUCCAUAUCCUAUUGGAUAUGGAAUAAGCAAACCUAGGUAUCAGCAGAUUAUUCAUUUGAACCUUAUGGACAGAGGAGAAAACCCUUCAGUAUGGCUUAGAAAUUGAGUAUUUUGUUUCCUUUGUUCUUUUUUUUCCAACCUCAAGACCUAGUCAAGGUAGCAAAGCAGACACAAGUUUUUCUUGCUCCUCACUGUAGAGGGUAGAGGCAUUGUUUACAGCUUCCACUGUAAUACUCUAUUGUUUAGUUGAGUCCACGGUAGUGGGACAGGUACCCUAGGACCCAAGAUAUUGAAGCCCUCGUGUUUUAAAGGUCAGCCUGCCCAGGAAUUCCUCUACAUUUAUAUACUUCCUCUCACCAAAGUGGUUGAUGCAUAUGUAUUUUUUUCCAUAUAGAAAAAAUAUGGGCAGAACAAUGUUAGUUUUAAAAGAGCUUUUUGUGGUUGGAGCUCUAUAAGAAUCUUUUUAAAGGGAUAAGGGAGUUGUUAAUAUCCCUUUUAAAGGGAUAGAGCUAUUAAUAUAGCCACUGCUUUAGCCUCUAAAACAUAAAAUCACCAUUACUUGGGAAAAUGGUUAUUAGGCCAGAUUUAAACUCAUCUCUGUCUAGAGCAUUUCAUGUCCCUGUGUUGCUUAUGUUGUUUGUGAAGUGUCUUGUCUCUUCUAAUCACUGCAAAUAAAGCAAUACUGAAAACUUGAUAAGAGAGAAUGCACCUUAGGGGAAGGGGCUUUUGUGUUUCAAGAAGGAAGAGAAAGGAAAGACCUCUUCCUGCCUCUUGACUAAAAGCCAGCUUUUAAGUCUUAGUAUGAUUUACCAGGGCAGGUUAUAACAAUGUACAUUCUCCAGUUGCUGGCCCUCUGCCUUCUAAAGCUAUCUUAAAAGCUGAAGUGUGAAUUGCAGCAUCUGCUUGACAGGUGCCCAGUUCCUCUUGGCAGGGGAAAGAUCACUCCUGUGUAUCUUCCUUUGCCUCAGAUUCCUGUGGCCCCAACUAGCGCACCAAUCCUCACUCCCCCUAAAUGUGUUAAAAAUCCAUUAUUGUGGAUAUUAAAGUAGCAAUUAUACUGUAAGCAUAUUUAUGUGCUCUUUUUGUCUGGUUUUUUUCAUCAUGUAUAAUCUGAAUCCAACAUUAGUUUCUCACAUCUUCCACAAGUGUCUCCAACAGAAUUUUUAUGUUCCCAGGUUGUGUUAAAUAGAGGUGAAAUAAUAUAGAGGUGAAAUAAGGAAAAUAGAUUUAAGGGAAACUUGUGCAACUUUUCUUUAAGCAUUGUUCUCGACCAUUUAAUUUAUUGAAAGGAGAUGCUGUGGUUCUUGAUUUAGCAGCAACCAUUCUUUUGUUUACAUAGAGUUACAGUUUUAUUUGUUGUUUUGCUCUGUACUGGAAACAUAAAUAAAGUUUUCUACAUUAUUUUCAGUCAA